UAGCACUACUGUAAGCCCAGCUGCCACACACCCCCAGACUUCUUGUUUCGUAUUCCUCUCAAGCUUCCUUCGCCGAGCCGGAUCUUCUUUUGUCAAUUCAUUCUGAUUUUGUAUCUUACAACCUUUAUUCAUUGUUGUUGCGGUAUAGCUUGUGGGUGCGAACGCCGACCCUUACAAGUCCGUGCUGGACAGUCUCUAGGCGAAGUUGCCGUGGUCCUUGGCAGGAGCUCCGACUCAAACUCUCCCGACAACAACUGACCGUUUACGCCUAACCACCCUCAAUCCUUACCUCGUUAUACGCAUGCUUCCUACUCUCGCCUGAGGCUGAAAUCGAUUCACCGCCGUUGCGGAGGUGAAACACCCUCGAAUCAAGCCUCGAAUUCUUCCUCCUUGUUGACGUUGGCUUCGCCGCUGAAACCCUUUCUCGGCAACAACAUUCCUUCGAAUACCUUUGGGUCAUCAAGUCAGCGCAAGAAUCCACGAAACGAUGGCUUCCUCCUCGUCAAACGUCGUUGGUGUGCAUUACCGGGUGGGCAAGAAGAUUGGAGAGGGUUCCUUUGGUGUCAUUUUCGAAGGCACCAACCUUCUCAAUAACCAACAAGUGGCCAUCAAAUUCGAACCUAGAAAAAGCGACGCUCCCCAAUUACGAGAUGAAUAUCGAACAUACAAAAUCCUGGUCGGCUGCCCUGGCAUCCCCAAUGUGUAUUAUUUCGGGCAAGAAGGUCUGCACAACAUCCUUGUGAUCGAUCUUUUGGGUCCUAGUCUGGAAGAUCUCUUCGAUCACUGCAACAGACGAUUCUCCAUCAAGACUGUGGUAAUGGUCGCGAAACAGAUGCUUUCGAGAGUCCAAACGAUUCACGAGAAAAAUCUCAUCUAUCGCGAUAUCAAACCUGACAAUUUCCUGAUCGGUAGGCCUGGUACCAAGGCUGCUAACGUCAUUCAUGUGGUCGACUUCGGCAUGGCAAAGCAAUAUCGAGACCCUAAAACUAAACAGCAUAUCCCCUACCGUGAACGAAAAUCUUUAUCGGGAACGGCCCGUUACAUGAGUAUCAAUACACAUCUGGGCCGGGAACAGUCGCGACGAGAUGAUCUGGAAGCGCUUGGGCAUGUGUUUAUGUACUUUCUCAGGGGAGGACUCCCAUGGCAGGGACUAAAGGCGGCAACCAACAAACAGAAGUACGAAAAGAUUGGAGAAAAGAAGCAAACCACUGCUAUCAAAGAUCUAUGCGAAGGAUUUCCAGAGGAAUUCAACAAAUAUCUCAGUUACGUUCGAAACCUUGGAUUCGAGGAUACCCCCGAUUAUGAUUUUUUGCGCGACCUCUUCACGCAGGCUUUGAAAAACAGCGGCGAGGUUGAGGAUGGGGAAUACGACUGGAUGAAAUUGAAUGGCGGACGUGGUUGGGAGACAAUGAAAGCACACCCAUCUGCGGCGCAUCUACACAAUGUCAACCCUCCCGCUGAUGCAUCAGCGCGUGCCUUGCACGGAGCUUCUGCUAUGCGUCAAGAUGGCGGACAACGGCCAUCGCGAGAUCGUGGAGCAAUAUCGGCGGAUCGUUUAAACGCAGCGCAGCCCCCGCCCCCAGGGUCGCCAGCAAAACCGGGAGUGGCAGCCAUGGGGAAGAGCGCUCGAGAUCGCACAAGCGGCGCCGCCGGGGGUAACAUUCCUAAGAGGAGUAGCGGUUUAGUUGGACAACUGGAUAUGAAUACACCUCCCGCAAGCACUCAGGCGCAAUUCCAAAACAGUAAUGCGAACUUGGUGGGAUCUCGGCCUCGGGCGAGUCCAGCUGCUGGAGCUCUGCAGAGUAGCCAAGGAAGGCCUACUCAGCAACAAGAUCAGCAGCCCGGAUUUUUCCAAAAGAUUGCGAAGGUUCUCUGUUGUGGUUGAAUGCUUUCCAUAAUUGCAGCAAGCUAUUAGAAGCGGAGCACGGUAGAUAUUCGCCCUCAGCGUCCCGCUUGCUGUACGACAGCACUAUUUUCACCACCUACUCUCAGGAGGUUCGCAAUAUCACGGAACAGUUAUGUCCUCCAACUUAAUCUUCAUCACUUGGAUUCGUUUCCUAGCACUUUGUCCGUCGGCAACACUCCGUCAAAACCCGAUAUUCGGAACCACGAGCUUGGGAGGAAUCAACUAUUUUGACGAAUCACGAUCACUCCUUGCCUUGAACAGAUACUGUUUGCGCUGUUUUCUUAUCGUACAAGGUCAGCGGGAUGGUGUUGUAUGGAUGCAUUUACAGAUGGAUGCCGGGAGUUUGACAGUUGGAAUUGCAUAAGCAUGAACAAAAAAAGACAUUACAGACCGGAGCUGUCUCGCUCCCACACAUGCGCAGAAGACUGGAAUCUGGUGGGCGUCGAAAACCAGACCAGCCCGCCUCUUGCUGUGCUAUGUACCAUAGACCAAGCAUAGCAGAAGCCGGGAAAAUAAAGGACAAAGGAAGGGGUGUAAUGAGGAAUAAAACAAUCCACAAACUGACUCGAUCUGCGGUCUACUGUACUCCGUAUGAUAAGUAGCUCUUUGGGACCACACAGUUAGUCGUAGACAGGCUUGCACAGCCACAGUCAAAGUAGAGGUCACAGCUGAAUACGGAAUCGUAUCUUGGCUGUUUCUGGUUGGGUUUGAAUGGAAAAUCAUAUGAGGGUCAAUGCUAUUCACCCACGACAUGCACUGAAGCUGU